AUGGCAGGAGAUAAAAAGACAAUCCAUCCGGCGUUUGCUAUCAACAACAUCAAAACCCUAAUCCCUAUUAUCCUAGACAUCAAAAAGGAUGAAUACUCAUCUUGGGUUUUUCUGUUUGAACUCCAUCUUCAGGCUCAUCGCCUUCUUUUUCUCAUCAAUGGAGCCAAACCCCCUGCAGAUGUUGACGCCGACACCGUGCUCCAACUCGACGCUCUCUGUCGACAGUGGAUGUUCUCCACCAUGGCCAAGGAUUUAAUGCUCACCGUCCUCAAAUCUGGCAAAACUGCUAAAGAGCUUUGGGAUCAUCUUAAGAAACUCUUUCAAGACAACAAAGGUAACCGCGCUGCGACUCUUGAACGUAAGUUUGUCAAUCUUAAGUUUAUUGAUUGCACUAGUAUUGAUGAUUACUGCGAUAAGCUAAAAUCCCUGUCCGAUCGAUUACUUGAUCUUGACUUUCCCAUGGAUGACAAACGCCUUGUGAUCCAACUUGUCAACGGCCUUCCGGAGGAAUACAACACGGUAGCCUCUUUUAUCCAACAAUCAAUGCCGACGUUUGAUGCCGCUCGAUCCCAGCUGCGUACCGAAGAGAUUCGACGCUCCCAACAGCAAUCACAGUCUGCACCUACUGCUCUUGCCGCUGCAGCUCCACCCAGACGCAACAACCAGCGCUCACAGCGUGGUGGUCAUGCCAGACGUGGUGGUCAUCGCUCAUCUGCUCCAGCCACCGAACCACCCCUGCUGCCAACACCUCCGUCCCCUUAUCAGCUCUACGGUGCACCUCAUCCUACGUACAACAUCCAUGUCCACCACAAUGGGCAGUACCACCUUGUCCGUAUCCUACAGCACCUCCGGCAACACAUUGGCAGCAACCUUCCAGCCGCGGUUCCUUCCAAGGCCGUGGCCGUACUGGCAUACCUUACUCCAUCCACGGAAUAUCUUCAACCAAGUGACAUUGCCGAAGCAUACAGCUCCAUGAGUUUAUACUCACCUGACGACGCUUUCUAUAUGGAUACCGGUGCUACAUCGCAUCUCACUGCGGAUUCAGGAUUUGAAUUCGAGGAAGAUUCUCCUUCGAUGUAA